AUGAAGAAGCGCUUCUCAACUAGUGAGUUCCAAAAUAAACAUGCCCCCACCGUGAGCGCUGAAGUUUCUGCUUUAACCUUCCAAACCGAGUUUGGUGUAACCAGUUUUAAUGUCUGGGAUACCGCUGGUGAAGAGGCAUUGUCUGGUUUAGGGGAUGGUUACUACACCGGGGCUCAUGGUUGUAUUAUCAUGUUCGAUGUCAGCUCCAGAUUGACCUUGAAGAGCAUCACAAGAUGGUACAGAGAUGGUACAGAGAUUAAUAAGGUCGAUAUUAAAGAAAGAGCCAUCAAGCCCAAGAUCAUUGUAUUUCACAGAACAAAGAAUAUUGAAUACUGCGAUAUCUCCGUCAAGGCCACUUACAACAUAGAAAAACCAUUCUUUCUUUUAUCCAGAAUAUUUACUGGUGACAGUGACUUAGAAUUUGACCCAGCCCCGACCUUUGGUACACCGGAAGCCGAAAUUGACGCUAUCCUGGAGUAUAAGGAUGAUGAUGAUGACUCAUAA